ACAGCCGCUAGCAGGCCACGCCCACCUGUCAGUCGUCGUGACAUCAUACAGCGCCUUGUCUUCCGGGUGCAGCAAGAUGGCGGCCCCCAGAAGGGGUAACGUGGAGAGCGCCCCCCGGAGCCAGGAUGCUGGGAAUGGAGGCUGGUUUGUGACACUGGCCGUAGGGGUGUCUUUGCUGAAAUGUCUCCUUAUACCCGCUUAUCACUCAACAGACUUUGAAGUGCACCGGAAUUGGCUGGCAAUCACCCACAGUCUGCCCAUAUCCAGGUGGUACUAUGAGGUGACCUCUGAAUGGACGUUGGAUUACCCCCCAUUCUUCGCUUGGUUUGAGUAUGUCCUGUCCCAUGUGGCUCAGUACUUUGAUCCAGAAAUGCUGAAAGUAGAGAACCUGUAUUACGCCAGCCAAGCAACUGUCCUGUUCCAGAGGUUCUCUGUGAUCCUCAGCGAUCUCCUCUUCUUCUACGCAGUCAGACAGUGCUGCCUGUGUGUGGAUGGCAGGAAGGAUCGGCGGGAUCUUCUGGAGAAACCGGCUUUUAUCCUCGCUGUCCUGCUGCUCUGGAACUUCGGCUUACUCAUCGUAGAUCAUAUCCACUUCCAGUACAAUGGUUUCCUCUCUGGCAUCAUGCUCCUGUCCAUCGCCCGCCUGUAUCAGAGGAGACACCUGGAGAGCGCCCUUCUCUUCGCCGUGCUGCUGAACUUCAAACACAUCUACCUGUACGUGGCUCCAGCUUACGGCAUCUACUUGCUGCGGUCCUACUGCUUCACGGGGAAUCACACAGAUGGAUCUUUGCGCUGGAGAAGUUUCAGCCUCCUGCGAUUCAUCUAUUUGGCCGUCAUAGUAUUACUGGUGUUUGCUGUCUCCUUUGGACCGUUUGUGUAUAUGGAACAGAUUCCUCAGGUCCUUUCUCGGCUUUUCCCCUUUAAGAGAGGCCUGUGUCACGCCUACUGGGCUCCUAAUUUCUGGGCUUUGUACAACGCUGCGGACAAGGGCCUCUCCAUUAUAGGUGUACAUAUGAAGCUGCUCAACAUGACUACACUUCGCACAGGAUCGAUGACGGGGGGUUUGGUACAGGAGUUUGAGCACAGCGUCCUUCCCUCAGUCACACCGAUGGUGACGUUAAUCUGUACACUUCUCUCCAUAAUGCCCUCUGUUCUCUGUCUGUGGUUAAGACCCCAAGGCCCCCAAAGUUUCCUGCGUUGUCUGGUCCUCUGCGCCCUCGGCUCUUUCAUGUUUGGCUGGCACGUCCAUGAGAAAGCCAUUCUUCUGGCAAUUCUUCCCUUAAGCAUCCUGGCUGUGAGCAGUGCAAAGGAUGCUGGGAUAUAUCUGAUUCUGACUACGGCCGGGCACUUCUCCCUCUUCCCUCUGCUGUUCACAGUUCAAGAGCUGCCAAUUAAGGUUUUGCUGAUGGCGAUUUUCACCUUGUUCAGCUGGAGCUCACUGAGGGCCCUGCACAGGAGAGAGGGCCGGUUACUGAGCUGCCUGGAAACUAUGUACCUAGGUGGGCUGCUUCCCCUGGAGUUUCUGUGCGAGAUCAUUUACCCACUGACCCCCUGGCAGCAGCGACUGCCGUUCAUUCCCCUGAUGCUGACCUCUAUAUACUGCGUGCUGGGUAUCGGCUACGCAUGGAUCAGACUGUACAUAUUGGCACUUACAGGAGCCACAGCGGCGCGCAGGAAGCAGCAGUGAGGAUACAUUUCGUCCUUACACCGGGAAUACUGUGCCGGGCGACCAAACAACGACCAGCGUUCAGGAAACAGACUUGUACAGAAAUGUAUUUUUAUACAGCGUAUACUGCGUUUUGUUUUGGUUUUUGUAUAUAAAAAUCGCUUUACCGGUGAUUACCGUCA